AUGGUCUGGGGACUUACUCACGUGGUCGUCAAGCGCAUCCCGGACUACCACGCCGUCGUGGUUGGCACGUUGGAGGCGCUGCGCUCGGAGCAACCAGGGCAACAGAUCGUUAUUCUUAUGGACCUGAUAUCCGGCGCAGCGAACCCGCUGCUGCACGGCGCGCCGCUGCCCAGGGGCUUCGCGGAGCGUCCGCCUGUGCUGGCUUAUAACGUCGUCCCGCUCGCGUUGCCGGGCGUCGACGUAGGGCCUUUUGGCCUGGGGCUGCCGCCGGACUCGACCGAGUCCGGCCGCGCGCGGAACAGACUCCUUCACGAGGCCUACAUGCAGCCCGGUGGCGUCUUUGGGUCCUUUUGCCGAGAGUACGGCCGCGUGAUGGAGGCCCUCGGGGCUGCCGCCCCCGCGACCGAUGCAGUGACGGCCAUGACUACCUGUCCCGAUAUUACGUUGCAGACCUGCUCGCCAAGCCUGGAGCUUCCCAGAUCGGACCUCCCCGACAAAGUUAGGUUUAUAGGAUGCCUGCCGUCCAAGACACCAGAUCCUGCGUUUGAAUACCCCGAGUGGUGGGGCGACGUUAAUAGCCCAGGCCCGAACCGCCGGAAGAUUAUUGGCGUGGCGCAGGGGACGGUGGCCGUCAAAUACAACGACCUUAUCAUACCCGUCAUCCAGGGGCUACGCGACCGCGAUGAUGUUUUUGUCGUUGCUGUUCUGGGCGUCAAAGGGGCAUCUCUGCCCGCCGAGGUCGAAAUCCCAACCAAUACCAAAGUGGUUGACUUUAUGCCAUAUGAAGCAUUACUCCCUCAUCUCGACGUAUGGGUUAUAAACGCCGGCUAUGGAGGCUUUACCCAGGGAGUUAUGCACGGCGUCCCUAUGGUGUUCUCGGGAGAUACCGAGGACAAAGCCGAGGUUUCGAUGCGAGGUCAGUGGGCCGGCGUAGGUUACAAUCUGAGGACCGCAUCUCCGACCCCAGAGCAGGUCGCCCAGGGCGUCGACCGUGUGCUAGAGGAUCAUGAGUAUAAAGCACGGGUGAUAGAGAUUAGGAAAGAGAACGAAGCUUUAAAAAGUUUACAGGCGGUGGAAAAGUAUAUAUGGGACCUGGUCAGUUGA